AUGACGAAUCUCGACGUAAGUAACAGUAGCACAGACAGUAGUUCUGGGUCUAGCUCUGAAUCAAGCAGUAGUGCCUCUUCGUCUACCAGCUCAGGCUCUGGGUCAAGUAGUUCAGAUUCUGAAUCAUCAACCUCUGAUGUCCAACUAACAGCAACAGAACCGAAUGAUGAUGACACUCCAAAAAUACCAAGUCCAAAGCCCCUUCCACCAAGGCGGAGGGGUUCGGCUAAAACGAAAAAUGCUGCCAGUGUUCUUGUCCCAAAGAAACCAACCAAAACCACUGGAGCAAAAGCAAGGGCUAUAUCAAAAACUAUAAACAAAACAGUGAAAAAUGACAGUGCAUCAAAGAAAAAGAGUAUUUUCUCUCCUGAUAAUAGUUCUGAGUCAGAUUCAGAGAGUAAGGACAGUACUUCCAAGUCCAGUCCAAAAACAUCACCUAAGGUCAAAAAGACAAACAAAAAAUCUAGUGAUGAAAAAGAUUCUUCACCGUCACUACAAAAUGAUGACUCAAAUUCAAAUUCUAAAGACAGUUCAAAAAGGAGAGCUAGUAGGUUAAACGGACCACCACCAAAAAAGCUCUCAGAAGAUAAAAGUGCUACGUCCUGCUCUUCCAGUCAGUCAUCGGUAGAAUCUGUUUCUUCUGAUAGUGAUAGUGAACCCACUCCCAAGAAAAGUGUACUGAAAACUAAACCUAGUAGUAGUAAGGAUACACAUAAAAGUGGUGAUUCCGGUGACUCUGUGGUCGAAAUUGUACCACGCAAGCUGACACGUUCGAUAGCCGCGCGGGUAUCGCGUAUGGCUGCUUCUAAACCAACUCAUACCGAUACAGAUUCAGAUGCAGAAGAGAAGAACAAUGAGAAAAGCAAAGAAGACAAAAGACUAGCAAAGGCCCGAGCUGCACUUGUGAAAUCACCUGCUGUUCCACCAAUGCCGGCCGUACCCUCAGAAAGGAGGUGCCCUGUGAGGGGUUGCGAUUCUAGUGGACAUUUGGGUGGUAAAGCUGAAAAGCACUUCACAUAUGACGCAUGUCCGAUAUACCACAAUGUGACCGGCGCAUGGUGCGUCGCUGCUGCAGAGGAGCGGGCGGCCGCGAAUACAGCUAGGAAGAAAGCAGUUGCUGCUAUGAUGCAGCGACCACGCGCUAUGCCCACGAUUGAGCAGCGGGCGUAUCAGCUCAAAGUUAAAGAUAUGCGUUCAAAGUGGAAAGGCAGUCACGAACUUAAAGCAAUGUCCAAUAACGAAGAUCUAGUUGAGGAGAGGGAACCAAUUUUGGACGGGUUCGUCCCGGACUACGACCUGAGGCUGUUCAGAGAUGCGCAAGCACUGGCCGCUGUGAAGAUAGAAGAGGAAUUAGAUGAUAUUGCUACGGAUAAAGGAACUAGAUACGUAGUGAUGGGCAAAUACAUGAUGGAGGUGUGGUACCAGUCUCCAUAUCCGGGUGAUGCGGCGCGGGUGCCUCGCCUCUUCGUCUGCGAGUUCUGUCUAAAACACCAGGCCUGCGCUGCUGGGGCUGCUAGGCAUCGUGCUAAGUGUGUCUGGAGACAUCCACCCGGUGAUGAGGUGUACAGGAAGGAAUCUCUAAGCGUCUGGCAAGUAGAUGGAAGGAAACACAAGCAGUACUGCCAGCAGCUCUGUCUCCUGGCCAAGUUCUUCCUCGACCACAAGACGUUAUAUUAUGACGUGGAGCCCUUCCUCUUCUAUGUGAUGACCUGCGCUGACUCCGAGGGUUGCCAUAUUGUGGGAUAUUUUAGUAAGGAAAAGAACUCAUUCUUGAAUUACAACGUGUCCUGCAUUCUCACACUACCGCCGUACCAGAGGCAAGGCUACGGGAGGCUCUUGAUCGAUUUCAGUUACCUCCUAACCAAGGAAGAAGGCAAGGUUGGUUCGCCGGAAACGCCACUAUCUGAUCUGGGGCUGAUCUCAUACAGAUCGUAUUGGAAGGAAGCGAUACUCAAACGACUCUGUUCAGCUGCUGGACCCACCCUCAGCAUACGAGAUCUCAGCAAGGAUCUGGCGAUUGCAUCGUCGGAUAUCGUCUCUACUUUGCAGGAGAGAGGGCUGAUGAAGUACUGGAAGGGGAAGCAUAUUGUAUUGAAGAAGCAGGAGGUGCUGGAGGAGGCAACUCGGCGCGCUGGUCGCGUACGCUCAGUGGAACCGACCUGCCUGCGGUGGUGGGGAGGUCCGGCACCACGCUGA